CGCAUGACUAUCUAUUAAAAUGCAACAUCCAGCUAACCAACCACAGUGAAGUUAAAUGGUUACUCAGCAUGGACUAGAGCAGUAACGAUUAGCUCACCCCGCAUCACCGCUCAGCUUAUACUGAUGAUGCAUCAUCAACUCCAUCUGCUAACCACAUCGAAUCAGUAAGCGACGUCCGACGUCCGACAGGCGAUCAUUCUCACUCCCCGCAUGGUAUUAUCCGUAAUGCUACUGAUGCGUCUUACAUGGUUAUUGGCAUAGGAAAUGGACUUGGCGAUCCCGGAUAACAGAAGCCGCAAGGCGCGGUCUGCAGGGUUGAAGCUCUUAUAUGCCAGGUCGGCGCCGCCCUUGAGAGAAUCUCUCUGCCACUGCUGAGACUGGCCAUGCAUCGAUAUAUUGAGUACAUAUUGAGUAUAUAUUGAGUGUAUAUUGAGAACGAUAGACAGAAUAUAAUAUAUUAUAUCGACGACAUGUUUGUUCUCUUCGCCGCCCUCGCUCUCAUUCUCGUCCUGCGGGCGCUCUACAACCACCUCUACCACCGCUUCAACGCGCGCCGCCUCAACUGUGCAACGCCACACACCAAAGUCAACAAAUGGCCGCUGGGCAUCGACCAUAUACGGCGUCUCAACGACGCCGACAAACGCGACCUGAUCUGCGAUGAGUUCCUGGCCAUGUACGCCGAGGAGGGCGUGGCGUCCUUUCAGCACUGGCUGUUUGGCAAGCGCAAUUUGUUCACGGCCGAGCCACGAAACGUGCAGGCCGUGCUGGCGACGCAGUUCAAUGACUUUGAGAUUCCGAUCAGUCGGCAGAAUAAUUUCUGGCCGAUGCUGGGCCAGGGCAUUUUCACGGCGAAUGGGCCGGUUUGGUCGCACUCUCGAGCCAUGCUCAGGCCGCAGUUCACGCGCCAACAAGUCGCUGAUCUGGAACUAGAGGAAAUCCAUGUGCAGCAGCUCCUCAUGCACAUCAAGCCCGACUUAACCACUGGCUGGACCGGAGCGACGAACCUGGGCCCCAUGUUCUUCCGGCUCACCAUCGACUCGGCCACUGAGUUUCUGUUCGGCCAGUCAGUCGAAUCGCAGCUACAAGCGCUCCCCGGCGGCAUGUCCAACACAAACACCGCGUACAACUGGCGCAACCUCGCGGACCACUUCGACGACGGCACGAUGCACCUGGGUACCCGCGGCCGUUUCAGUUUCCUGUACUGGCUUCACAACCCAGCCGAAUUCAGCAAGGACUGCAAAGAAGUGCACGCCUUCGCGGACCAUUUCGUGCAACAAGCCCUCCUGCGCACAGGCAAAGACGACGCCGCCGCGGCGAGCAAGAAGCAGCGGUACGUGUUUCUCCACGAACUGAUCAAGGAAACCAAAGACCCGAUCGAGCUGCGAUGCCAGCUGCUCCACAUCCUGCUCGCGGGCCGCGACACCACGGCAGGCUUGCUUGGAUGGACAUUCUUCCUUCUCGCGCGACAUCCAGAUGUAUAUAAAAACCUACGGUCAACGCUCCUCGAGACCUUUGGCCCCUACCACAGCCCCCGCGACAUCACAUUUGAGCGACUCAAAUCCUGCGCAGCCCUCCAACACGUCAUGCAGGAAACCCUCCGCCUCUUCCCCUCUGUCCCACUGAACUCGCGCAUGGCCGUCCGCGACACCAGCCUGCCGCUCGGCGGCGGACCGGACGGCUCCAAGCCGAUGUACAUACGCAAGGGCGAAGAAGUGCUGUACCCCGUGUACGUGAUGCACCGGCGCAAGGAUAUAUGGGGCGCGGACGCGGAAGAAUUCAAGCCCGAGCGCUGGGCCGGCCGGAAACCCGGCUGGGAGUAUCUGCCAUUCAACGGCGGGCCGCGCAUUUGCCUGGGCCAGCAGUUUGCGUUGACCGAGGCGGGGUAUGUUAUUACGCGGCUGGUGCAGUUGUUUGAUGAGAUUGUGGCGGUGAGUCCCAAGGAGGAGUAUAGGCAGCAGUAUAGCGUGACGAGUGCGCCGAGGGAGGUGUUUGUUUAUCUACACUCCUCAUCUCUCAAUUAGUUAACUUGAUUAACUAUUCCAUAUACAUUUUUAAAUAUUUUUAUUUAAUCCGAAAGUCAUGAGUC